AAUGUCAUUAACCUCUAACCUUACUUUAAGUUGCCAAAUGAUAUCAGCUGAUCCGAACUCAAAUAAUUUUUCAAAUUUUGAAGAACCUUAUCAAACAGAGAUGAUAUGUGUUUCAGCUUUAAUACAAGUAACGUAAUUUUAUUGAUAGAAAUAGAAACAUACUAAAUAGAAUAAUAACUUUCGAUGGGUAUUGAUUUUAUUUUUACAUGGUAUCAACAAAAAAUUGGUGCGUACGAUAAACAAAAAUGGGAAACUCAAAUCGAGGAAAGAGAACAAAGAAUCAACGGAUUAAAUCAUAUAAAAACAAGAUCAGCUAAACCGAAUUUGAAUUUUAUUGAUCUAGAUUUAGUGAGAGGUUCGUCUUUCACGAAAGCAAAACCUAAACAUGGUUUUUUUAAAGUUACCAAAUUGGCUACCGUUAGAUGUCUGUUUCUCCCGUUUUAUGGAAAAUGGUGGAUAGAGCAGACUUCCAAAUACGUUUUCAUUAUUUGUUUAAUGAUAUACAUUCUCCAUAUUAUUAACAUUGCGAUUUAUUGUACUUACGCUACAAUUAGUGAGGUUUUUCCAGAGUCGUUAUCUUGUAUGGAAAUAUUUAUUCCGUUAUUAUUAUUGUGGAUUAUGUGCUUAAUACAUUCGCAAAUAGUGGCAACUAGUUCUGGUACUGAGAUUGAAAAAGCGCGAUUGAAACAUGGACAGAUCAGAAAGCGUCUUCAUAUUAAAAAGAAGAAGAAACAAGAAUUACAAAGCGAAGCAAAAAUUAAACACGAAAAAGUGUCGAAUAAAAUAGAAAAAGAAGCAAACAAGAGAAGUGAUUUAUUAGAUUUUAGUCUUAAGAGUAAACAAACAACGAACUCGAAUCAUGACGGCUGUAAGGGGCUAACCGAAAACAGAUUAGACGGUUAUUGUAGCACUGAUUCAGAAAGUGAAACAAAACCGGUAUUUUCUAAUAGAAGAAAGUCAGUUCCAUCGGUAACUAAAUCUAAAAUAACGUUUAUUCCGACGAUUAGUAUAACUUCGCAAGAUAGUAAUUGUGAAACUGACGAAGAACCGGCUUUAUCGUCUCCCGAAAUAAAGUUGAAUGAAACUUCUUUGGGCGAUCUGACGUCGUCGGCUACCGAUUGGAUGGGUGUGACGACGAAUAGUGAUUGCAGCUACAGUUCCGACAUGGAAAAUUUGACUGAUAGUCAAAUCGACAACGAAAAAGAUUAUUCCGUAUACGAUAACGAUAUAGCUCCAACAGCUAUAUUGAAUCCACCAUCUGCCAAAGUGAGUUGUAUAAUUUGGGAAAAGAACGAAAUGAAAACUGCGGAUUUGUCUAUGUUAGAAAUAAGUUCUGUGAUUAUAGCAAAAGUUGAUUCAAUGCCUGAAAGUAGAGAUUAUUUUUAUAUAGGGUUAAUGAUAUCGUCUCUCUUGGCGUUUCUACCGGUGAUUUGCAAAAUUUUGAGUACGUCGUCUGAUAGUUUUGUAGAAUUUAAAUAUUUCGUCGAAAAUUUGUACGUUAACGUAACUAGAUCUUUACCCGAUAAUCAACAAACUCUGCUCAUGUUACACAGGACAAUGUUAGGAGAAGUUAUUUUACAAUGUAGGAGAUGGAUUUUGUCCACUUUCGAAGGGAACAUUUGGGAAUACGUAGUAAUGGCAAUAUCGCUAAUACAACGUUGGGUAUUAGCUUCAAUGAUAUUUUUUCUACUAGCCGUCGCGGAAAGAACGUUCAAACAAAGAUUAUUAUACGCUAAAUUAUUUUCUCACUUGACGUCUUCGAGACGAGCUAGAAAAUCCGAAAUACCUCAUUUUCGAUUAAACAAAGUGAUAAAUAUCAAAACUUGGUUGUCAGUUAGAUCGUAUUUGAAGAAGAGAGGUCCCCAAAGGUCCGUAGAUAUCAUCGUGUCUACCGCUUUUAUUGCUAACUUGUUAUUAUUGACGUUUCUUUGCGUCGAAGUUUUGAAGGAUACAGUAUUAUUGUCUCAGUAUUAUCUUGAAGCGCUUAUCUGGUGUGUGGGCUUAGGGAUAUUAUUACUGAGGUUUAUGACCUUGGGUACGAAAAUUAAUAAAAAGUACAGGAAUCUUUCUGUAUUGAUUACCGAACAAAUAAAUUUGCAUUUGCAAAUCGAACAAAAACCGCAUAAGAAAGACGAGCUUAACGUUGCUAAUAACGUUUUAAAACUUGCCAUAGAUCUAUUAAAGGAGCUGGAAAAUCCUUUUAAAAUAUCGGGUCUUUCUGCGAAUCCGAUAUUAUACAAUUGUACAAAAUUGGUGAUCCUUUCUGCGUUAUCCGGUGUGUUUUCAGAAAUGUUGGGAUUCAAAUUGAAAUUACACAAAAUUAAAUUAAAAUAAACGAAUUAAUCUAGACAAUUUACCAAAAAAAAAGAAGAAAA